AAGUGUAUUGUGAAAAUUAAUGUCAUUAUUAUUUGCUAAUAAAUCCCGAGACUAAAUAAAUACCUUAAGCAGCCACCAAACACUCUCUCCACUCUCUUCUUACUCUCUCCUAAUCUCCGUUUCUCUCUCAUCCUCAAAUCGCCAGAGCUCCGGCCAACAUGCAUAGACAAUCACUCGGCUCACCGGCGUCCAAAUUACACCUCGCACAUGGCGGCAUAGUCAUCGUCGGCGGCAGAGACGACUCCUCGGCCGCCGUCAUCACGGCGGCGGCAGAAGCAUCUCCGUCGUCACUCUCAAACGACUAUAAUGAAGAAGAAGAUGAACAAGUACGCAAGUCAGUUAAGGCACUUAAUAAGUCACUGUCCAGAGCUGAGAAGUACAUUCACAUUAUUCCGAUUCUCACUUUGUUCUGCUUCUUCAUCCUCUUUCUCUUCUCUCAUAAUCCGUCUGAUAAAGAUUUAGCUCAAUUUCACGGAUUUGAAGGUUUCGUUAAGCUUAAAGAAUCGUCACAGAGAGUAUUAGAUAUCGAAAAGGACGAUGUUUUAGCGAUCCGAAGCGUAAGGAACUUGCAAGAAAUUGAUAAAAAGGCUACAAAACAUCGGCGGCUCCACCGGAAACUCGCCGAAUUUUAGGCCGCUGUUUCUGCUUCUUACUCUUCAUGGCGUCGGUGGAGCUUUCUCACGUGCGUAACUUGGUCCCUUACAUAUUUUACCCUUUUUUUACUUUGAAAAAAGUAUUACCACACGUGUGUGCAUGUGAAUUUUAUAUACUCAUUUUGGCUGUCUGCUUAACAAAAAUGAAUUAACAGCUUGUGCAAUACUCUGUAAAUAAUAUUUUACUUUACUUUAUAUGAUGCAACACUAAAGCUCCCAACUAUUUGUACGGCUCAAGAAAGGAUCGAAAAAUAAAAUGUAUUAUCCGUAUGACUUUUUCACA